AUGAAGAAGAUUGCUGUGGAUUUUUUCAGUGAUCUCUUCUCUCAGUCAGUGCUUGAUGAUAUUAGGAUUACCAUUCCUUGGCUCUUUCCCUUUAUUGAUCAACCCAGAUUUGAUGAUACCAUUAAACCUGUCUCUCUUGAUGAAGUGAAAUCUGCUCUUUUCUCUAUUGGUGGUUUGAAAGCUCCUGAUCAUGAUGGUUUCUCUACUAUUUUCUUUCAACACCAUUGGCAUUUGCAUUCUUCUGAAAUUUUUCAAGUUGUUCAAGAAGCGUUUUGCACUUCUUCUAUCCCUGCUGGCCUAAAUCAUACAAUAAUUGCUCUUAUUCCUAAAGUGGAUGGUCCCCAGCACAUGAUCAACUUUAGGCCUAUUAGUCUUUGUACCACUGUGUACAAGAUUAUUUCUAAGAUUAUUGUUGCCAGAAUUAAACAUUUGAUGCAAGAUUUGAUUAGUCCAAAUCUGGUUAGCUAUGUGCCUGGGAGGAAUAUUUCAGACAAUAUUCAGAUAGCUCAAGAAAUGUUUUUCAAGUUUAAAAAGUCCAGUGGUAAGACUGGUUUCUUUGCCUGGAAAAUUGAUCUGUCAAAAGCUUAUGACAGGCCAAGAGAGGCAUUAGGCAAGGUGGCCCUCUCUUCAUAUAUCUUUGUUCUGUGUGUGGAAAAGCUUUCCCAUUUAAUUCAAUCUGCAAUUGAUUAUGGCUAUUGGAAAGCUGUUAAAGCCUCUCAAUCUGGACCUAAAAUUUUGCAUCUCUUCUUUGCUGAUGAUCUUAUCCUGUUUGUUGAAGCCUCUUCACAGCAAACUUCCCUUCUCAAGACUUGUUUGGAUAAUUUUUGUGCUCUCUCUAGACAAACUGUGAGUUUUGAGAAAUCUUUAGUGUUCUGCUCACCCAACACUUCCAAGUCUACUGCUUCUUUGAUCAGCAAUGUGUGUGGAUCCCCUCUCACUUGUGAUCUUGGCAAGUAUUUAGGUAUGCCUCUCAUUUAUGAUAGAGUCAAUAAGUGUACUUAUGCUGGUUUAUUUGACAAAGUUCAGAAAAGGCUCUUUAGUUGGAAAAGUAAGGUUUUAAGCUUUGUUGGUAGACUUACUUUGGUGCAAUCAGUUACUUCAGCUAUUCCUAUGUAUGCAAUGCAAACAGCUAAGUUUCAUGUUAAUCUUUGUGACAAACUUGAUAAACUAAAUAGAGACUUCAUUUUGAGUGAUGUUGAAAACAAGAAAAGGGUUCAUCUUGUGAACUGGGACACUAUCUGUCAACCUAAGUAUUUAGGUGGAUUAGGGGUCAAGAAAACUGCUGAUAUUAAUCAGGCUAUCCUCUCUAAGAUUGGUUGGAGAAUUUUCCAACAUGAUAAUGGUCUCUGA